AAUCAUGGAUAUGCAUGUCAAUGUUUAAUUGCUUUUCAUUUUUUAAUAGUCGAAACUGAAAUCUUUACCCCCAUUUUCAUUUUUUCGAACAGAACCACCUUGGCUCCGCCGCUGACCUCCGCCUCUUUCGACACACCGACCAACCGGCUGCAUGUGGAAGAGUUUGAAGCAACGGAGCAACCAGCACACGCGGCGGCAUGUCGAGAAACACAGCCCUAAAAAGAUUCACCAAACCCCGACACCACUGCAACACCCUGACCUCUCACCGUCUAUCUCCCAGACCCAAUUAACCCGCCUCACCGCCUUCCUCCAAUCCUCCCUCAGAAACGCCAUCACACCGCAAGACCUCCUCCACUUCUUAAAAUCCCGCCUCCGCCACCACCCUACGCUCAGCCACCUCGACUUCCACCUCUUCCGCUACGCCGCCACGCUCGACUCGUUCCGCCAUGAUCACUUCACGCUGGAGUACAUGGUGCGCACCCUCGCAUCCACCGACCGUCUCGACUCUCUCUCCUCGCUCCUCGACUUCAUAUCCUCCAACCCCUGCCCCUGCUCCGACGGUAUAUUCUCUUGCCCUAGAAUUGAGCCUAUGUUCAGCGUUUCGAUUAGUUCAUUUUGUAGGGCAGGUAGAUUUGAUGAUGCACUCCACGCGUUUGAUAUAAUGAAACGAUUAAUCGACGGGAAACCGAAUGUUUCAUUGUAUAAUAUUGUGAUCCAUGGUUUUGUUAAGCUCGGGAAAUUGGACAGAGCAUUGGACUUCUAUGGAACAAUGCUUAGGAAUAGGGUAAAUCCAGAUGCAGUCACUUUUAAUAUCUUGAUUAGUGGGUAUUGUAGGAAUAAUAAGUUUGGUUUAGCGUUGGAGGUGUUUAGGGAGAUGAAGGAAAAAGGUUGUCUUCCAAAUGUGGUGAGUUUUAACACGCUGAUCAAGGGUUUCUUCCGGGACGGGAGGGUGGAGCAGGCGGUUGGAAUGGCUCGUGAGAUGACUGAGCUGGGGUGUGAGUUCUCGUGUGUAACGUGUGAGAUCCUGGUUGAUGGACUCGGUAGAAGAGGGAAGGUGAUCAAAGCAGUUGAUUUGAUGAUUACCUUUUUGAGGAAAGGAGUUUUGCCAAAGGGGUUUGAUUAUUUUGUGUUGGUUGAGAUACUUUGUAACAAUGGGAACAUGGAGCAGGCGUUUGAAUUGGUGAAUGAGUUGUGGGGCAAUGGUUAUGCACCGAGCUUGAUAGCUUGCACGGCGUUGGUUGAAAGUUUACGUGGAACUGGAGGGACUGAGAAGUCGGUUGGUCUAAUGAGAAAAAUGCUGAAUGAAGGCAUGUUACCAGAUAGUGUGACAUUUAGUUGUCUCCUGGAAGAUAUGUGCAACAUGGGAGGCACGUUGGAAGCAAAUAAGCUGAGGCUGCUAGCUUCCAAGAAGGGUUUGCAUCUAGAUGGUAUGGUGUACAGGAUUUUGAUUUCAGGUUACGCGAGAGAAGGGAGAAGAAAGGAGGGGGAAGCUCUUGUGAAUGAGAUGUUUGAUACAGGCUUCAUACCUGAUAUUGCAACGUACAAUGCGUUGAUGAAUGGCCUUUCCAAAUCUAAAGCUUCUUUCAGUUGAUGCCAAGAAAUCUCCACAUUCAGUUUUUACUUUUUAGAAGCCAUAGUCUAAGCCAUGAACAAUAUUGCUCCUCGAUUUAGAAGCAUACAUUUCCCUCAUGUUAAAAGAUCAUAGUUCCACGACUACUUAACUGUUGCAGUUUUAGGAUAUGGCGGAGGUUGAAUGAAGCUCAGCGAGCUCUUGCUGCCGACACUGAUGGAUUCUUAGAGGUGGCGGAUGAGGGAGAUGUUUUGUUGUAUGCUUUCCCCAAGGAUUAUCGGUCUAAGCUCGCUGCCAAGUCGCUUAAGAUCAAAUUCGAACCUUUGCUGGAAAAGGGUUCUGGUUCGUGGGGAUAUGUUUUGAUUGGAUUGCAAUUUUGGGUGGCAGAUGGCAGCUGAGUAUGUAGUGAGGGUUUCCUUUGGAACGGCUUUGAUUGCAUCCAUUGUCAUUGUUUAUACUACAAUUAUCGCUAUAGCCUCCAGUAGUCGUGAAUCAGAUGAUCGUGGCAGACGAGGAAGAUCUUAUGGCUCCUGGAGUCAACUUCUUUUCAGUCCGACUGAUUUAUUUUGAUAAUCCAUCUCAGUUCCUCUUUGAUCCAAAUUAUUAUAGAAGACGUAGAGCAAGAUAUAUUGAUGGUUUUUUCUGUCGUAUUUGGGGAUUGAAGAAGAGAGGUGGAAGUUGGUAAUACAGUGGUCCGUUGUUGCAUCAUGUUCUUUACCUCAUAGCACCAAAUGGAUGUAAUUUGUUCACAUUUUUUUCUUUAAUGUGCAAGGCCACCAAUGUUUAGCUAAGUUAUGCAACUAAUAUUUUACUCUAAAAUGUUUUCCAUAUUCUAGUUUUGUUUUAAAAAAGGUUGAUGACUCUAAGUUGGAAACCUACCAUACUUGUUUGUCACUUGACAUUUUAACUCCUGUUUAGAUCAUACAUAACUUAAAUAUGA